AUGGCAGAGCCCACGCUUCUCCCCAUCACCCAGAUGGAGAGGCUGGCCCCGGCACCCCUGGCCCCACUGUGUCCCCGGAUCCCGCGGGCCCGCAUUGCCAGGCAGUCAGGGCGCUGUGCCCAGCGCUGGGCUGACCUGGGCUGCAGCUCUGGCCCUUCCUCAAGCCGAAUGAAUCAGCGUCCCCAGAGGAAUCCCCUGCAGCCACAGCCUACUGGCUGCUCCCACUCCCGGCUGUCCUCGGCGGAAAGCUUGUCCAUGGAUGGCUUUUGGAUGGAGGUGGAGCGGAUCCAACAGAGGGAUGAGCUGAAAGAGGAAGACAGCGGCAGGGUUGAAGGCCAGCUCCCAGAGGGGGAAGCCGAAUCCCAGUGGCUGCAGGACACAGGCCUGUCAGGCCUCCUUGGUGGCUCAGGCUUGAACGGUGGUCACCGGGGGCUCUUGUCCACCCUGACACAGACCCAGGUGGCUGCUGUGUGCCGUCGGCUGGACAUCUAUGCCCGCUCAGCCCGAAGACGACACAAGGCACCUAUCAGAGAUGUCAGGGACAUCUUUGGGGUCUUCAAUUCAAGGGAGGUGUCUUCAGAGAAUGUGGACUCAGGAAUGAAAUGUACCCAGCUCAGGUCCGAGGUUUCUAAGUCUCCUCCAACAGCAGAGCCCGGGGGGCCGCAGGAGCAGGCUGGGAGGGAGGAAGCCUUCCACAUGGACUCUGCCUACUCAGAACAAGCGGCCGCGCUCCUGCAGAGGGCCAGGCUGUCCCCGGGAAGCACCUGCGCCUGGGGCAAGGGUUCCCUGCCGAAAUUCAGAAUCCCCAAAGGCAGACUUGGUGUGACGAGGAUUGGAGACCUGUCCUUGCAGGAUAUGAAGAAGAUCCCUUCUCUGGCCCUCAUAGAGCUGACUGCGCUCUGUGACAUCCUUGGCUUGGACCUGAAGAGGAGCAAGGCGGGGAAGUGGAAAGUGACAGAAACUCGCAUUUUCGGAGUGCCCCUCGACAGCAUGCUGGAAACUGACCACAAAGUCUUUCCCAGCACCCAGGUCCCACUGGUCUUUCAAGCUCUGCUGUCCUGUUUGGAAAAGAGAGGGCUGGAUACAGAAGGCAUUCUCAGGGUGCCUGGAUCCCAGGCCAGGGUCAAGGGGCUGGAACAGAAGCUGGAGAGAGACUUCUAUGCCGGCCUGUUUAGCUGGGAUGAUGUUCACCACAAUGAUGCAUCUGAUUUGCUCAAAAGGUUCAUCCGGAAGCUGCCGGCACCUCUGCUCACUGCUGAGUACCUGCCGGCCUUUGCUGUGGUGCCCAACAUCCCUGACCUGAAGCAGCGCCUGCAGGCUCUUCACCUGCUCAUCCUCAUCCUCCCGGAACCCAACAGAAACACCUUGAAGGCACUCCUGGAGUUCCUCAGGAAGGUGGUGGCCAGGGAGCAGCACAACAAGAUGACCCUGUGGAGCGUUUCCACGGUGAUGGCCCCCAAUCUCUUUCUGCAUCAAGGGCGGCCCCCCAAACUGCCCAAGGACAAGGAGAAGCAGCUGGCAGAGGGGGCAGCUGAGGUGGUGCAAAUGAUGGUGCACUACCAGGACCUGCUCUGGACCGUUGCCUCUUUCUUAGUCGCCCAGGUGCGAAAACUGAAUGACAGCAGCAGCCGGCGCCCCCAGCUCUGCGACGCGGGCCUCAAGACUUGGCUGCGGAGGAUACACACAGACAGGGACAAAGCGGGGGAUGGCCCCGAGGCAACCCCCCAAAUAGCAAAGAUCCAGGUUCCUUGGCCUAUCAAGGACCCCCUGAAGGUGUCUCUGACCCCCAGUACCAAAGUGGCCCAUGUCCUGAGGCAGUUCACAGAGCACCUCAGCCCUGGCUCAAAGGGUCAAGAAGGCAGUGAGGACACAGACGACCUCCUCCCACACAACAGGUCCAUGGAGUCAGCCAGCAUCUUCUUCUAUGAAGUCGGAGGGAAUAUCAAUGAGCACCGCCUGGAUCCAGAUGCCUACCUCUUAGAUCUGUACCGCGCCAACCCCCAUGGCGAGUGGGUCAUUAAACAGAGCCCCACCUAA